GUCACAACGGUCACCAAUGCAACUGCGAUGCUAAUGACAAUAACUGGAGAGAGGACUCGGGGUAUCUUACCGAUAAGACUACUUUACCUGUUACUGAAAUGAGGUUCGGUGUGACAGGACUAGCAAACGAGUACGGGUAUUAUACACUAGGACCAUUAUACUGCAAGGGAGAUGAAUCUUUCCUUGUGACGGGUCGUACAGAUUUUAUGUUCAUCAAAGAAAGGCAUCUUACAGGUUACAACAACGCAGUCCUGUCUAGCGUCACGGUUGAAGAAUGUGCCACGGCCUGUGUGUCAGCCUCCAGCUUCAUAUGUAGAUCGUUUGACUAUACUCCAUCCACGUGCUAUCUCAGUGAGGAGAAUGACUUGACUGUUGUCCCAUCUAGCGAUCCUCCUCUUCACCUGUUUGUUCGGAUCAUGGACCGCAUUGAAGACCCAUUUACUGGUCCCACACCAUCCUCUUCACUUACUACCUCUUCUCCACCAAAAUCAACUUCAGCUGGAGGUUCUUCAAGCUCCAUAGCAACUGUCGUAGGAAGCGCUGUUGGUGCUAUUGUUGUGAUUGUUAUCGUUAUAGUUCUCAUCAUCGUCUUUUACAAGCGAAGAAGCAAUGAAUCAGCCACUACUAAGUCUGAGGGGAAAGAGUCCGAUUCAUCUCCACAGUAUGAGAACCCUGUAUUUGAUCAGUCACAGACAGACGUUCUUACUUACCAAGACCCGCAAACUGAACCCCAUACCUACCAAGAUCGUAAUAACGAUGAUACUGCCGACCCUCAUACCUAUGAAGAUCAAGAAGCCAACUCCGAAGAAUCGAAUGACGCCAUUAAGAGAGAUUACUUCAACGUGCCAGGCUUCUAAAAAGUGAUAUGAUUUUUUUUUAAAUAAAUUAAAUAGAGUCUUAAUAAUAUGCUGAUUAAGAAUUGAAUACAUGAGGAGAAGAAAGAUCCAAGUCAAUCAAAAUGAUUUUGAGUUAUCAAGAAAAAAAGUUGAGAGACAAAAUAUUUUGAGUCUUGACUUAUUAAAUAUUCAUGCCCAAGUAUCAAUUAUUCCGUGAAGAUGGAACC